AUGUCGCAGGUAGUACCUGCUGGCAGGACCUGGCACCAGGUACUGUAUAGAAUUGUAUUUUUAUGUUUUUCGGGUAGAGGCACGGGUUACGGUACAGUGCUGUACCCUUAG